AAUCGCAGUAAGAUGGCGCUGUCUGGAGGGGCGGACAGAGGUUCCCACAGCAUGGAUAAGAGCAUUACACUCCCCCCGGAUGAAAUUUUCCGCAAUUUAGAGAACGCCAAGAGGUUCGCUAUAGAUAUAGGUGGCUCUUUGACGAAACUGGCGUAUUACUCCACUGUUCAGCACAAAGUUGCCAAAGUCAGGUCAUUUGAUCAUUCAGCGAAGGUAAGCUUGCAGGAAACAGAUGGUGACCCUCUUUAUGAGAUAUCCGUACAGGAAGAGAUCACUGCCCGUCUUCACUUUAUCAAGUUUGAGAAUGCUUACAUUGAAACCUGCCUAGAUUUUAUUAAGGACCACCUGGUCAACACAGAAACCAAAGUCAUCAAAGCAACUGGUGGAGGGGCGUACAAGUUCAAGGACCUGAUAGAGAAAAAGUUAAAGCUAAAAGUAGACAAAGAGGAUGAAAUGACUUGUCUGAUUAAGGGAUGCAACUUUGUUCUGAAGAAUAUCCCCCAUGAGGCUUUUGUGUACGCCAAACAUGCAGAUUCCGAAUUCCGGUUCCAAAAUACACAUCCGGACAUCUUCCCCUACCUGCUUAUAAAUAUUGGCUCUGGAGUCUCAAUAGUAAAGGUUGAAGCAGAGGACAAAUUUGAGCGUAUUGGUGGCAGCUCUAUAGGUGGUGGCACUUUUUGGGGUCUUGGAGCUUUACUUACCAAAACCAAGAGGUUUGAUGAGCUUUUGCAGUUAGCAUCCAAAGGACAGCACACAAAUGUGGAUAUGCUUGUUAAAGACAUCUAUGGAGGUGCUUACGGUUCCCUGGGUUUAACUGGCGACCUCAUUGCAAGUAGCUUUGGGAAAUCAGCCACCACAGACAAAGAGUUCUCCAAAGAAGACAUGGCAAAGAGCCUCCUGCACAUGAUAAGCAAUGACAUUGGACAGCUUGCCUGCCUCUACGCCAAACUGCACAACCUUACUAGAGUCUAUUUCGGAGGAUUUUUCAUUCGAGGACAUCCUGUUACCAUGCACACCAUCACCUACAGCAUCAAUUUCUUCACUAAGGGGGAAGUCCAGGCUUUAUUUUUAAGACAUGAAGGAUAUCUUGGUGCUAUUGGGGCCUUUUUGAAGGGGGCGGAAGAAGACAAUCCUAACCAGUACAGCUGGGGAGAGAACUAUGCUGGCAGCUCUGGUCUCAUGAGUGUUUCUCCAGACCUGAAUCCCGUGCAGCGGGCUCGCAGCGGAACGUUUGACAUGUUGGAGAUGGACCGUUUGGAGAGGCAGCUAGUGAACCUUCCCCUGCUGCAAGACCCAACCUCUUAUAUUCCAGACACAGUGGACCUGACAGAGGAUGCUUUGGCGCGGGAGUACUGGCUCUACUGCUUUGAGGAGGCAUUGGACGGGGUGGUGAAGCGAGCCAUAGCUAGCCAGAAAGACCAACCAGAAGCUGCCGAAAGGGCAGAGAAGUUUCGUCAGAAAUACUGUCACAAACUCCAGACGCUUCGGCAUCAGCCUUUUGCUUAUGGAUCCCUCACCGUCAGAAGUCUUUUAGACACAAGAGAACACUGUUUAAACGAGUUCAACUUUCCUGACCCCUACUCUAAGAUUAAGCAGAAGGAGAAUGACAUGGCGCUGAAAUACUAUCUGAAGGUGGUGAAGUCGUUUGAGGAGCUGAGCUGGGAACAGAGACAGUUCACUUUGGUCAAAGGCCUCCUGGCUGGCAAUGUUUUCGACUGGGGAGCUAAAGCUGUGUCGGACGUGCUUGAAUCAGAUCCAGAGUUCGGGUUUGAACAAGCAAAACAACAAUUACAAGAGAGGCCAUGGCUUGUGGAUGCCUACAACCAGUGGAUUGAGAGACUGAAGGGUCCUCCUCAUAAAUGUGCAUUAUUUUUCGUAGAUAAUAGUGGAAUAGACAUUAUUCUCGGGGUUUUCCCUUUCAUUAGAGAACUUCUCAUCAGAGGCACAGAGGUUGUGCUUGCCAGUAACUCAGGCCCUGCCCUCAAUGACGUCACUAACAGUGAGCUGCAGAUCCUAACAGAGAGAAUAGCUGCCAUGGACCCUGUCAUUCACACUGCACUCAAAGAGGACAGACUUGCUUUGGUGCAGAAUGGUUCUAGUUCACCUUGUUUAGACCUGAGUCGCCUGGACAAAGUCCUGGCCACAGUCGUCAGGGAGCGUGGCACAGAUCUGGUGAUCAUUGAAGGAAUGGGUCGGGCCAUCCACACAAACUACUACGCCAUGCUCAGCUGUGAGAGCCUUAAACUAGCCGUCAUAAAGAACUCCUGGCUGGCCGAACGUCUUGGAGGGAAGAUAUUCAGUGUUGUCUUUAAAUACGAGGUCCCUUCUAAAGCUCAAGGGCAACAUUAAGAAAAUCAAGAGGUUUUUAGAGGUAAAAUGGCUAGCUCUAAAAGGAAAUAGCGCUAUCAAGUGUCCUCCGUGCUUUUUUCUGAGAUUGACAUAGUGAUUGUAUUUGGGGUUUGCUUUUGCUUUUGCUUCCUUUUUUUUUUUUUAAAUCAAAAUCAAUAAUAAGGAGGUGGUCGUGUGUGCCUGCUCAGAAAUUGAAUGUGCACGUCUGCUGUAGCCUCCCUCAUAACAAUUGGAUGACAGCUGUAGGGGCUUUUUCUUUUGAUGAGAUUGAAUUUUAUUGUUCUCAGACCAGAUUCUGUGUCUGAUGGAUACUCCACUGGAUUCAGGAUGGAUUGCAACGACAAAUAUAACUCUUAUGCACAGUUUUGCAUUGAAUUAGCCCUCUUUUUUUGCUAAAUUUAACAGUAUAUUUAAAUGUGUAAACAUUUAUUAAAUUUGGGUCUUUAUUUUGACACACUGAAAACAUUUGGCAGAUUUUUUUUUCUUUGCAGUCUCAUUUAGAAUUUUUUUUAAAUGAGUGUGUUUUGUGUAUUACCAUUUUUUUUGACAAGCAAUCUGCUUUCAAAUGAAACUGGUAUGUUUCUAAUCUCACUGCAUUUGUUACUGCCAUACCGAAUCAUAUCUAAUCGAGCUGGUUUUGUCUUUUAAUGACUAGCACCUCUGUUCCCAUGACAACAUUUUGUAGUGACAAUGAUUUUGUGUUCUUUUAAUACAUUAGCAGUGCUGACCCAACCAAAAUGAAUACAAAAGCUUCUAGAGGAAAAACUGGAUGUGAACUAUUAGGACAAGCUCAAAUAUAAAGAAACAAAAGACAGUUUUUAAAAUGGGCUGUUCAUCCGUUAACACUAGAUGUCAGUAUUGUAUUAUAAUUAGUCCAAUGCUUUUCCUGAUAGAAGCAGAUGGUAAUGUGACAGACAUUCAGGGUUUUUUUUUUAUUUUUUUUAUUUUUUGAUGAGAAGGAGCAGAGUGUGCAGUGCCUGCUUCAGAUAUUGCACCAUUGUAAUGUAAUGCAUUUGUCCUGACGUCUGAUGCAGCUCUCACUUUCUACCAUCUGUGGAAAUCUUUGUAAUCUAAAAUCCAUUUCAGGGUUCUACAGCAAGGCAUUGCAUUACUAUCACAGCUAUUUCUGUUUCAUAGACAGAAACAGACCGUUAGUGUAUGUGUGGAAUAAAAAUCCAUUCAUGUUUAAGGUAAUGUAUAAAACAGCCAUUAGUUUGUGGCCACUAAAUGUUAAAGCACAGUAUUUCAGGGCUCUCUUAUAGAGUAAGAAGCACAUUCAUUGUUUUUUUGCAUUAUGAUUGUUUGGUUUGUUCUGUCCAUGUAUCUUGUGUGUUUGUGUAUUACUGUAUGUGCAUGUGUGUGUGGGGGAAAAAAACAAAAUGUGCAUACAGAUUGACAGGAUGUUCAGUAUUUUGAAUGCACUGUGUACAACAUCAUUCUGACUUUCAGAAUGUUACAUUUUCAGAAGUCAUUCAUUUGGGUGGUAGCUUUGAAAUGUUCUUCGUAGACGUUGAGAAAACAAGGAUCUCUCUCGGGCUAAAGCUGAUUGUGCAGUCAUUUAUCAUUUGGCCAAACUUGCUUUACUAAUGCGUUAACUUUUUUGUGAAAUUUUGUAAAAUCAAGUGUAAAUACAACGUAAACUUGUACAUAAAAUGUACUGUUUAUUUGCAUAUCUUGACGAACUCUCGAGAUUUUAGAAAAAAAUAUGCUCACUUGACAAUCAUAUAUAAUUCUAUGUCAAAUAUAUUUUACACUGUCUUCA